AGACCUGAAAUUGAUAACCUCUCUUUCUUCAUAUACCUCAAAAGGUUUUCCUUAGCUCCAUCCACGAAGGCAGAAGAUGACUUGGAAUGACCUUAUCAAGAGAAUAAUCUUCCUUUCUCUCAUUUGGCCUGGAAUUGUGGGGAACUUCCUUGUGCUUGCGAGAUAUGUACAUAUGUUUGUCAUGGGUCCUGAGAAAAAACUCACAGAUGUUAUCCUCAUCCAUGUGGCUUUUUCAAAUUUAGCCAUUAUUUGCACCACAGGGGUCAGAGUCAUAACCAUAGUCAUUUAUUUCAGUAACUUCCUAAGUGACAUUGGUUGCAAAGCUGUGAUUUACCUGAACAGGGUGGCUCGAAGCCUCUCCAUCUGUACCACCUGCCUCCUCAGUGUAGUCCAGGCCAUCACCGUUGGUCCCAGGACCACCUGCUGGAGAAAGCUCAAACCACACACUGCCUGGCAGCUUCUUCCCUACCUCCUCCUCUUCUGGGUCCUUAGUCUUCUCAUAAGCUCUAACCUGCUCCGCUACAUCACAGCAGUCAACAGCGUGAAUGGGUCUGGAGUUAGAAUGUAUGCUGAAUAUUGCUACAUGCUGCCAGCUGGGCGAAUAGUCAGGUGGCUUUUCCUCUCCCUCAUGGCCCUUCGGGACCUCACCUUUCAGAGUGUCAUGGGCUGGAGCAGUGGGCACAUGGCUCUCCGUCUGUACAAACAUCACAAGCGUGUCCUCUACCUCCAGAGCUCCAGGACUACAAAACAUCCCAGCCCAGAGAUCAGAGCUACUCAGAGCACUCUCGUUCUCAUGACGUAUUUCCUCCUCUCAUAUUGGACAGAUUUUAUUUUCUCCUUCUACACAGGGUCCACCCUGACCAGGGAUUCCACAAUAUUAAAUAUUAAAAUACUUCUAGAACUCAGUUAUGCCUGUCUCAGUCCUUUUGUUCUGAUUAGCAGAGAUGUUCACUUUGUUGAAUGCUGGAGAGCUCACUGA